GUCAGCGACAGUCAGCGCUCGAAAUCGUUUUACACUCUAGCAUUCAACUUCAAAUCGCUCUAUUUCAACACCGUCGCGCGAACAUCCGCGGUUAGGGCCCCUGCAUUUCAAAGAGCAAUCGGUUAUCGUCGUCGUCUUUUCUUGAGAGCUCCUUAGGCGAAUAUCCAGUGAACAGAAUGCAAACGAUUAAAUGUGUUGUUGUUGGUGAUGGUGCGGUUGGCAAGACUUGUCUCCUCAUUUCCUACACCACCAACAAGUUCCCGAGCGAGUAUGUUCCAACUGUGUUCGACAACUAUGCGGUCACGGUCAUGAUCGGCGAAGACCCCUACACGUUAGGUCUCUUCGAUACCGCCGGUCAGGAGGAUUACGAUCGUCUUCGUCCCUUGUCAUACCCCCAAACGGAUGUCUUCCUCGUCUGCUUCAGCGUCACAUCACCGGCAUCGUUCGAGAACGUGAAAGAGAAGUGGUUCCCUGAAGUGCACCACCACUGUCCUGGCGUGCCGUGCUUGAUUGUUGGAACACAGGUGGACUUGAGGGAUGAUGCGCAGGUGAUUGAGAAGUUGGCCAGGCAGAAGCAGAGACCUGUCAGCGCUGAGAGCGGCGAGCGGCUUGCUAGGGAGCUUGGUGCAGUCAAGUAUGUGGAGUGCUCGGCGUUGACACAGAAGGGUUUGAAGAAUGUGUUCGAUGAGGCUAUUGUCGCCGCCCUGGAGCCGCCGAUUGUCCCAAGGAAGAAAAAUAAGUGCAACGUCCUCUGAUGAUGAACCCUCUUUCCGCCAGCCUUUUUUACGUCUUUCUUCACGCUUUUACGAGCUUGCAUUCCUUGCCAUGACCUGGUUAUAUAUCCGACGUUUGCCUUAUUUUUUCUUUCUCUCUCGACUACCUUCCUAACUGCUGCCCUCCCUCUUUUUUUUUCUCUCUGCCUCCCCUUCUUUAUGUUAAAUCAGACAUCUUUCGGUUUUCAUCUCAAUGCUAAGUUUCUUGGUGAGAUGGUGUGUGUAUUUCACCGCAAUAAUGGUUAGCUCUUUCUUUUCCACUAGAAUUACAAUUGUUACACUACUGUUUUUUUGUUUGGAGCUCAUCGUGGUCGUAGUCUUUGCUUCAUACCCGACUACCCAUUGUGGAGGACUAAUUAUCAGGGUCAUUGUGCUCCAG